AUGCACCCACGGAUUCUCUCUCUCUCUCUACCUCUCUCUCUACCUCUCGCACUCUCUACCUCUCUCUCUACCUCUCUCUCUACCUCUCUCUCUCUCUAUCUAUCUAUCUGUGUCUUCUCGUUAAGGAUAAGCUUUCUCUCUCUCUCUCUCUCUCUCUCUCUCUCUCUCUCUCUCUCUCUCUCUCUCUCUAUCUAUCUAUCUAUCUGUCUAAGAACAUUGAUAACAACACCCAAUGGCAACAGUCAGUUUCAUGCUAAACGCCAUCAUCAGUCUCUCUAUCUAUCUAUCUAUCUAUCUAUCUAUCUAUCUAUCUAUCUAUCUGCGUGCAUGCACGCAUUUCUAUCCAGUGUUGGAUUGAGUGCGCAUGCUUGCCUUCUUUCCCGGCCUUAUUUUGAGUGCGUAAUGUAUCGUGUGUCGCUGGCUCUACCAGCCACUGUUAAGCUCAUGUUAAGUCGGACCAGCGUAUACGCCGUCGAACACAUGAUUUUGCCUCCACCAUUCUAUCUAUCUAUCUAUCUAUCUAUCUAUCUAUCUAUCUAUCUAUCUAUGUCUCACGCUAAUUAUUUCUAUCUAUUUAUCUGUCUUUCUAUUUUUCUAUCUAUCUACAUUUGA